AUGGACAGACGAAGUAGUGUAUGGAUAGACACCUCGCUAUUACAUAUAGGUGGACAGUGCCUUCCCGGGAUUAAAGGUUGGAGAAGACUAGUGUAUACCACACCUGGAUCAUACUUACAAAUUAAUAUUAGUGACUCAGAGCAAUCUAUCGAAUGUAAACUCAAUGCCACAGAUACACAUACAGAGAGUGAAGUAGAAGUUUCACUUGGGAAACAUCAAUUCAUUACAAGUGAGGUAACAACUAUGAAUAUUCAGGCACCACAACAACUAGGAAGUUUUUACCUAACGUUAACAGAUCAUCAAACGAGAAAACUGAUUGAUAAUGACACACUACUCAAGACAGAUGACGAUGUUUAUAGAAUGGACGGGUCAACCAUAGAUCUGAUGUUUACAUUUAAUGUAUCUCUCUGGUCAAAGGAACAUGAACUUCCUUCCGUUGACAAUUAUUAUCAAUUUCAACUGAGGAUAAUAAAUGCUUCAUCAAAUGAUCUCGGCAAUUAUACAUGCUCUGUAAAUGUCCCUAUCGAGUUCAGAGUUGCCCCAAUACAAUUUCUCGACCAGAACGAUGACAAUAUCAUAUAUGUACAAGAAGGAAACACAGUUGGUAUAUCCUGCGCUAGUAUAACAGGCUACGAAGUAGAGAAGAUGUCAAUAGAAGAAAACUUAGUCAUAUUAGCAGAAAAUAACAGUAGCUUGGUGACUUUCUAUUUCAAACCGGAUAGACAAGAUUACUCCAGGGAGUUUGUAUGUAAGAGUAAACCAAACUGGUUAUAUGUCAGGGUUAAUGUACUCGUCAACUAUCCACCUGGUGUAAAAAUGUUACUCGGAGUAAAUAGAAUUGACUGUUUUCCUGACGGUUUCCCGGACACGUACAUAUUUUAUAGAUGGGAACAUCAGUCAGAAAUAGGGGAACAUAUUCGUUUCUUAAACGGCUUAGGAAAUGGGACAUUGAUUCUUCAGACACUUCCACAACGUUAUCAGAUUAGCGGUAUCUAUGUUUGCACGGUUAGCAAUGGUAUAGCUGAUACGAAUGGUAGCAAGUUUCAAAGAGGUUUUACACGUGUCAAUUAUCAAGGUGCGCCAAUAUUUGUACCUGGACAUAGGAAUGUCAAGCAUGAUGAGCCUGGCAAACCUUUAUUACUGACAUUUCUCCUAUACAGUGACCCUUUGUUAGAUGACAUAUGGAUUAAAAGCGUCGGAACUGAUCGGAACCAAAGUGAAAUAAAUCAUGAGUUUAGAAUUUCAAACACAACUUUGUCGUAUACGGCUUUUGAAAACAAAGGAAAUAUCAGUGGAUAUAAAAUUACAAUUGAAACAAACAUUUUAAACAGUAAUGACAUCAGCAUGUAUAAGAUAUGGGCAAAGAAUAAAUUGGGAGUAGCUUCUUACAUAUUCGAAAUCAUAGCAGUUGAAUCUCAGAAAAGGAACGACGUAAACACCAAACACAACGUUAACCAAUCAACUCGAUCUAUAACAAUAAGCACCAUAGCUACCUGUUUGUUUGUCUAUAUAGUCGUAAGUCACAUCUAUGUUUGUGUCCGACAGAGGAAUGAACAAACCAGGCGGAGUAAUAUAUCAGAAUCCUUGCUCGAAGAGAUGUACGAUGAAAUAGGAACCAUUUCUUAUCAAGCUGUUAACAUAAGUCCGUUAGAAACUGAACAGUCAGAACGGGUUCAGCAAUUCAGGGGGAUUCGUAGUCUCCAACCUGAAUCAGACACAGUAAAUGUGAACAAUCAGCUUACUACGGACCGUACUUUUAAUACAUCUUCACGAUUAUCCGUUCAAGAAUAUCAGCUUAAUGCAUUGCACAUAAACAAUGUAUUAGGAGUAACAAGUAAUGUUUCGCCUGUGAUAGCUACUCAUGAUAUUGUUCACAUUCAAAGACGUCAGCAUUCGUCAAACAGUAACAGACUCUCAACAAUUUUAGUAAGCAGUGACGAAUUAAGCAGUGGAUCAAGUGGUGCAACACAAGUUGCCUUUGAUAUCGACGAAGGGUACGAAAAUCCGUACCAAAUAGUAAUUAAAGAAGAACAGGACAGUCAUACGUAUAGUCAACUUACCAAGCAAUCCGAGCAACUUGAGGAUUAUAACUCAUUAUUGGCAGUGCGGAAAUAUCAAGAAAUAGUCGAUAAAAUAUUUCAUAUUCGAAGAAAAUAA